GUUGAAUCGAACAUAUCAUUUCUCUGGAUAAUCUCUACCAGAGUCUUUUCAGAUAUUUGGAGACACCGAUCCCAGAUUGUAAAGGAGACUCGUCGGAAUGGCGCGCGGCACCAGCAGCAGAAGGAAGAAGCAGUCUGCCGCAGACAAGGCCGCAGCGAAGCAGCCGAAAGAUGGAAAUCCUAAAUCAAUGGUGAUUCGGAUUGGAGCCGGAGAAGUGGGAACGAGCGUCAGCCAGCUGGUGAUGGAUGUACGACAUGUUAUGGAACCCGACACUGCCGUACGGUUGAAGGAACGACGAGCCAACAAGCUCAGAGAUUACGUGACAAUGUGUGGUCCCCUAGGCGUGACGCAUCUUCUUCUAUUCUCUCGUUCAGAAUCGGGAAACACGAACAUGCGUCUAGCUCGAACGCCGAAAGGCCCUACUCUCCAUUUCCGCGUCGAGAAGUACUCCCUAUGCAAGGAUAUCUUCAAGGCACAGAAGCAUGCACGGUCGGCAAAGGACGACUACCAGAUGGCGCCGUUGCUGGUUAUGAACAACUUCCUCACUUCGGACGCUGAUCGAGAGAAGAUGGGCGAUGCUGCUCCACCUAAGCAUCUCGAGAAACUAGUAACGGAUAUGUUCCAAGGUCUCUUUCCUCCAAUCCAACCUCAUACCACCCCUCUCCAGUCCAUCAAACGCGUUCUUCUCCUCAACCGCGAACCCCCAUCUGAAAACGACAACGGCACCUGCACAAUUAGCCUCCGCCACUACGCAAUCACCACCAAAGUGACCGGGCUCCCCAAACCCAUAAGAAGACUCCGCGCUGCUGAGAAAUUAGUCAAGAGCAGGGAGAAGAAGAAGAGAGCGCUACCCAAUCUGGGUGGGCUUGAAGACGUGGCGGACUACAUGCUUGAUCCUUCUGCGGCAGGGUACACUUCCGCAUCGGACACGGAGGUGGAAACGGACGCUGAAGUGGAGGUUGCAGCGCCGGUGACUCGGAAGGUUUUGUCGAGGAAGGAGAGGGAAAAGGCGGCUGCGAGGGAAGAUGGUCGGAAGGCGAUGUCUCGGGGCAAGGGACCGCAGGUGGAGAAGCGAGCUGUCAAGCUGAUCGAGCUGGGCCCCAGGAUGAAACUGAGGUUGACGAAGAUUGAGGAAGAUAUUUGCGGAGGGAAGGUGCUUUGGCAUGAGUUUGUGAGGAAGAGUAAGGAUGAGGUUGAGAAGAUGGACGAGGUUUGGGAGCAGAGAAAGAAGGAGAAGGAGGAGAGGAGAAGGAUACAGAGGGAGAAUAUUGAGAAGAAGAGAAAGGAGAGGGCGGAGAGGGGCGAGGAGGGUGAAGAUGACCAGGACGACGAGAUGGAAGAUUACGAUGAGUACGAUAUGGAUGACGAUGUGUGGCAUGAUGAGGGUGAGGGCGAGGGCGGAGGAGAAAAUGAGGAUCAAGAUGAAGAAAUGGAGGAUGAAGAAUGAGGCAAAUGCCUUUCCAGUCACAGAGAUACCCAAUCGAGAGUUGUACAUCGCUCUUCUUGGAUUGCAAUUGACCAUAAAUCAUAACCGGACAGGCGACCAUCGGCCCGUACGACUAGUCCCAGGACGUGAAAUUAUAAGGCCCAAGAUGAUCAUCUGGGAGACUUGCAACGUCCGAUCCUGUCUCCUAUCCAACUUCCCGUUUACCUCCCCUUCAGUCUCCUAAUUACCACUCUAUCCCCUUCCGCCAACUCCCAUCCUACUCCAUCCUCCACCAAAUCCUCCCACUUCCUAUCCGCCACCCUUUCCACAUAACUCCUAUCCGCAGUCAUAUACGCCCUGCCCAGACACUUCAAAGCAUGCACUCUUAUCCUCUGUUCCGCAAACUCCAUGAUCCGCCUCUGAUACCCAUCCACCGCUCUCUUCAUCCUCCAAAACGUACCCCAGUCAUCUCUAAUCAAGGCUCUGAGCACG